CAAAUUUCAAUCCCAGCAACAGAGAACACGCCUUUUUUUUUUCAGUAGGGUUUAAACUUGAAACCUAAAACCCUAAAUCCCCAAAUAAAAUAAAAUAAAAUCUCAGAAAUGGCGACCUCCAUGGCUGCUCUGUCCCGAAGGCUCUCUCGAGCUCUUAUCUCAAACUCUAAACCUAAACCCACUCAUCUCAAUCCUCUCGUCUCCGCUCCGUUUUCCACCACAACCACCAUCGACGACUCCGACCUGGAAGGCCCCGACUCCUUCCUAUCCGACUCCGAAUCCGUCUCUUCUCAGUCUUCUCCGUCCAACAAAUCCAAUCAGAAACGCGCUUUCCAGGACCCGGUGCUCGAGAACGGCGUCGACGCGGGCGUUUACAAGGCGGUAAUUGUGGGGCGAGUAGGGCAGAAGCCGGUGCAGAAGCAGCUGAAGAAUGGGCUGACGCUGACGAUGCUUUCGGUCGGGACCGGAGGGAUUCGAAACAACCGGAGGCCGCUGGAGAACGAGAGCCCCCGUGAGUACGCCGAGCGCAGCGCUAUUCAGUGGCAUCGGGUAUGCGUUUAUCCCGAGCGGCUCGGCGCAAUCGUCAUGAAGAAUGCUGUUCCUGGUUCAAUCUUAUAUCUAGAUGGUAAUUUGGAGACAAAAAUCUUUACUGAUCCUAUAAGUGGAAUUGUUCGUCGAAUAAGAGAGAUUUCGAUUCGCCAAAAUGGUCGUGUUGUAUUUUUGGGUGAAGCUCAAGCUGGUGAUGGUCGGGUGCCAACACAAGCGGAAUUACGUGGUCUUGUUUAUUAAGAUUUCUUUUACCAGAAAAUUCAAAUUUUUAGUUGUGCGGUCAAUUUUCUGAUUUUGUAUAAAACAUUGGAAUGGAGGUGGAGGAAGCCUGUAUGUCAUGUAUGUAGGGCUGUUCAUAAACCCGCAAAAUGCAAUUUCUAGUAUUAAAGCAGAUGAAUUGAACAUUGUCGUA